AUGGAAGUGCGAAAUUGGGGGUCUAGUGAGAAUGGCGCGAAGAUUGCUGAGGUGUCUGAGGGGACAUCACUUGUUUCAAGCAGCGCUUCAAACCUAUUGAAUCCUAGUGAGGACCUGCUUUGGAUCGCCGGCAGCGUCCCACAGCAUGUUACUCUGAAGUUAAGCCCCACCCAUCCGCCGUUGCGUUACGCUGGCUGGCAUGUAUGGCAUGAUUACCCGACGAACCCCAGCAAGGUCGAGAUCUCCUCCGGCGAGUCCCCGGACGGGCUCACGCCUCUACUUGUCUGCCGGGCCCUUCCUGGUGCAGGGACGCAGCUGUGGUUGCUGCCGAAGCCAAUUCCGCCGCAACACCUGUAUGUAAAGCUAAGGAUUACGGAGAGCUUUAGUGCGGGGCCGACGUACAUGAGUACGGUGGUGCUCCUCGCGAACGACCCUGGCCCGAACUACCGCGGUGGGGCCCUGCCUGCCGCGAGGAUAGGGGUCCCCGAGCCGCCCCCUCUUGACGACGCGGCGACGACCUCGCCCAGGGCUCCCGAUGUGCCGCCGAGGAUUUUGGUCCGGCACGGGCGAACCGAACAGCUGCCGCAUCGUGGAACGACACCGAACCUGGCCUCAGCGGAGCAGAGUUAUACCGUAUUCAAUCCGGGUGGUACCUCGAGUGGGGAACCGAUGGGUGGGACUGACCAGCUGGCGAGUGCUUCGGCCCCGAAGUCCACGGGAAGUCGGAUAGGGAAGCUGCUGAAGGAUCUUGAGGAGGAUAUCCGCAAUCUGCACCCGAUAAAGGGGGUCCGACCACCGCCUAACAUGCUUCUGGCUGCUCCACGCGGUGCCUCGCUAUUGUCGCCGUCUACGACGGAGACCAGCAACAGCCUCAGCAUCGAGGGGGAAGGCAAUCGGGCCGAUACGCAUCCGGCUCGUGGGGAGGGCAGGCGAUCCCCUAGAUCCCAAAAAAAGGUCCAUGAAGAACUCCCCGCCGCCGCGCCUCACCAUUGCUGCACCGGUGCGGUUGUUUGGGGGGGGCGUCAGGGGGCUGUUGGGGCUUUACCACCACAGUUGUUUGCGUCGGUAGCUAAACUAGACGAUCGUAUUAACAUCUUGGAGCAAACGGUGGCGUCUCUUACCCAGACUGUUCAGCAUCAGCGGGAGGAUUUAACAAUGAUGAAACGUUUGCUGCUGCAUCAGGCGAUAGAGCAACGUAAGGAAUCGGAGUGGAGGCAUAAUGCACAUCGGGAAGGGGAACAGCGACGUGCCGGGACUCUGCUUCCGAUGAAUUCCCUCGACCAUAAGCUAACCCAUCAUCAAAUCGAUGUUAAUUUCCCAGAAGAGGCAUUGCGAGAAUAUGUAGAAUCCAUCAUGGAGGAAAGACUGCAGACCCAACUAAAAAAGAGCGAAAGUAAAAUUCUUAGGCGUCUGGAUAUCUACUUGAAAGAUGUCGUCCGAUGCAUUACCGAUUCCGUAGACGUGCAUUUAAAUCAUGUCUUCCAGCAGCAGCUGAAGGGACCAAAUCUGCCGCCAUCCGAGAUAUUGAAACACUUAACGCACGCGGGAUCAAACGCCACCACAGAGGUUCCGUAUGGAAAAAAUGGUAAUGUUACUGCGCUGAAUCAUGCGGGCAUCCCACCGGGGACUGCUUAA